AUGGCAGAGUCAGACGGAAGCCAAAGUGAAGCGGAGAGGCACCGUCGUAACACGAUCGGAAUGGCUUUGUUGCUUGAUCAGAUCCACCAGCACGACAGCUUGAGCCUUACCGCCCAGGACAAGAUCCUGCCUAUCAUUUCUCAUACCCCGCUUCCCGCUGAGACGAUACCGAGUGUCAGUCGAGUGGAACUGUGGUCCUAUUAUCUCUACGGAGUCGGGCCAAUGUCAUACAGUUUAACAUUGUUUCAAUCCCUUGCCACCUCGGCGGGUUACGAUCCGGAUCUUGGGCCGGGCUCACCAUGCACUGCGGACAGGUGUAUCAUUCCCUUCGGAGGAAACGGGCAAACGAAAAGCGUCAGCAGCGUGGUUUUGAUUGCCAAUGGGAUUUCCUUCGGGAUCAUGACAAUUCUGUUUACCAGUUUGGGUGCUCUCGCUGACUACCGUCAAUAUGGACGCUGGAUUCUCUUCAUCAUGACCCUGCUGUGUUGGGCUUCCCAGUUUAGCGUAAUGGCUCUCACUGAUUCCAGCAGGUGGAAAGAAGGCAUGGUGCUGUAUAUCUUGGGAUUUGUCACGUAUGGUGCAACCCUCGUGUUUUAUGCCGCCCAAUUUCCUAUUAUUGCCUCCAACACUCCCAAAUCCCGACACUUGACAGACGAUCUACAUACCAACAAGAUAACCGAAGCUUCAUUCGAACUCGAACAAAGUUUGGAAAGAAGUAGGAUCUCCAAUAUCAGCACGGUGCACAGUAAUAUUGGAUAUUUAUUUGUCUCGGUCAUCAACCUUAGCGUCCUCUUGCCAUUGGCCAACAAUUCCCGUGUGAACAACUACACAAUAGUUUUGACGAAUGUAUAUUGGAUUAUCGUCGGGAUUUGGUGGUUCGUAUUCCAAAACCCUCGGCCUGGACCUCCUUUACCUCGGGGACAAAAUCCAUUUACAAUUGGAUGGCAUCAACUCUACGCCGCGUUUAAAAAUGCAACGCAGCUACCUUACACAUUUACCUACUUGGUCGCUUUCUUCUUGUUGGCAGAUGGGUUGAAUACCACAGGCACCUUAAUUUCGAUCAUCCAAUCGAAUACGGUCAACUUCAGCUUUCUAGAAAACACCUACUUGGGAAUCGCCCAAGCAGUCACCUCCAUCAUUUCUACUCUCGCGUUUUGGUACAUUCAAAAGCACUGGAAACUUAAAACAAAGCACAUGUUUGUGGUUACUAACCUUGUAACAGUUUUGAUACCUUUAUGGGGGACGCUUGGAAUUUGGAUCAAUGUGAUUGGAUUUCAUAAUAGAUGGGAAUUUUGGGCUUACAACAUCAUAUUUGGCAUGUUCCAAGCGCCUUACUACUCCUAUUCUCAGACUAUUAUGGCCGAAUUAUCCCCCCCUGGUCACGAAAACAUGUUUUUUGCUCUAUUCGGUUUUUCCAACCGAGCUUCAUCCAUCAUUGGUCCGAAUGUAAUUCAAGUUAUCAUUGAUCGCACAGGUUCAAAUUGGUCAGGAUUUCCGUUUCUAUUUGCGAUCUGCUUGUUACCAAGUAUUAUAAUACUCCUGUGCGUAGAUUUAGAGAAGGGUCGACAAGACGCUCUCAAAUGGAAAAUGAAGCAAUCUUGA